UGGGGGUGCUGCUGCGAGUCGAGAGAGAGGAGAGCGCUGCAAGUGGCAGAGUCCACAACCAGCACCCAACCACCGGCCACCACUUUCCCACCACUCCUCUCGCCAUCCAGCGACGGCCACGCAAUUUUAUCAGCAGCGACAGAAACAGCAAGAAGCCGGUGGUGGUGGUGGCGGCGGCGGCGGUAAAGGGGCCACGGCAGAACGAGCCGAGGGGACGUUAGUAAAACAAAUACACGCACGGAGAGCGAGAGAGAGAGAGGAGAGAAGGAGACAUCUCUGCCCCCAGACAUGACUUCGAGAAGAUGGUUCCACCCCAACAUUUCAGGGAUCGAGGCAGAACAUCUGCUAAUGACGCGUGGCGUGGACGGCAGCUUCCUUGCCCGACCCAGCAAGAGCAACCCCGGAGAUUUCACACUCUCCGUCAGGCGGAACGGCGAGGUGACGCACAUCAAGAUCCAGAACACGGGCGACUACUACGACCUGUACGGCGGUGAGAAGUUCGCAACACUCGCCGAACUCGUGCAGUACUACACGGAUUACCAGGGCCAGCUGCGCGAGAAGAACGGCGACAUCAUCGAGCUGCGGUUCCCGCUCAACUGCGCCGACCCCACCUCUGAGCGUUGGUUCCACGGUCAUAUCAGUGGGCGCGAUGCCGAGAAGCUGCUGACGGAGAAGGGGCGUGCGGGCAGCUUCCUGGUGCGCGAGAGUCAAAGCAAGCCCGGAGACUUCGUGCUGUCGGUGCGCACGAGCGAGGACCGCCUCGACAACAACGAGAUUCGGCCCAAGAUCACGCACAUCAUGAUUCGAUUCCAGGACGGCAAGUACGACGUGGGUGGUGGUGACAAGUUCGACUCCCUCACCGACCUGGUGGAGCACUACAAGAAGAACCCCAUGGUGGAGACCUCUGGGACGGUGGUGCACCUCAAGCAGCCGUUCAACGCCACCCGAAUUAGCGCUUCGAGCAUCGAGCACCGUGUCAAGGAGCUGAGCAAGACCGCGGACAGCAUGGACAAGUCAAAGCAGGGCUUCUGGGAAGAAUUUGAGGCCCUGCAGCAGCAGGAAUGCAAACUUCUCUAUAGCCGCAAAGAGGGGCAGAGGCCGGAGAGCAAAGCCAAGAACCGCUACAAGAACAUCCUGCCGUUCGAUCACAACAGGGUGAUUCUGAAGGAUGGUGAUCAGUCCAUUCCUGGCUCCGACUACAUCAACGCCAACGUCAUCACAGCAGACAUCGACAAUGGGCGAGUGGGCAGCAAAGCGCCGAAACGGUACAUAGCAACGCAGGGCUGCCUACAGAACACCAUCGUGGACUUUUGGAGGAUGGUGUACCAGGAGAACUCGCGUGUCAUCGUCAUGACGACCAAGGAGGUGGAGCGCAGCCGGAACAAGUGCGUGCGCUACUGGCCGGAGGAGAGCUGCACCAAGGACUACGGCUACCUGCGCGUGUACAACGUGCGCGAGCUCUCGCUGCACGACCACAUGCUGCGCCAGCUGGAGCUCACACACGUCGAGCACCUGGAUGACACGCGCGUCGUGUGGCAGUACCACUUCAAGGCGUGGCCCGACCACGGGGUCCCCAACGAGCCAGGAGGGGUCCUCAGCUUCCUCGACGAGGUCAACCGCCGCCAGGAGGGCAUCUCCGAGGAGGGGCCCAUAGUCGUCCACUGCAGCGCUGGGAUUGGCAGAACGGGCACGUUCAUCGUCAUCGACAUCCUCAUCGACAUCAUCCGCCAGAAAGGGCUCGACUGCGACAUCGACAUUCCCAAGACCAUCCAGAUGGUGCGGGCGCAGCGGUCGGGCAUGGUGCAGACGGAGGCGCAGUACAAGUUUGUCUAUAUGGCGGUGCAGCAGUACAUCGAGACGGUGCAGAAGAGGCUAGCCGAGGAGCAGCAGAAGAUAAAGAAGAAGGGAGUGGAGUACACCAACAUCCAGUAUUCCGCCGCCGACUUCGGGGGCGGCGAGGGGAACAUGACGCCCCUCACACCGGGCCGAGUGUCGCUCUCGAGCCAAGACUCGGCGCGACUUGGCCUCUAUGAAAACGUCUCGAAUCUGCCGCUUGGCAAGGCCUCCGGCAAGCUGUGAUGGCGGAGCGUCUCGGUGCAGAUGGGUGCUGGUUCAAGGAGGAGAGAAAACAUUUUUUCUUUGUAAAGGAACAGUUUUUAUUCUGACAUGAGCCGAUAAGCGCGUGCGCCCGCAGAAGCGAGAUUGAGUUUCAUCGCAUGGCACAGCACAGACUGAUGGUAGGAAAUUUCUGCUUUUUUUUGUGCGGGGGAGGAGAGGGGGCCGUGGUUUUGCUCUUUUCGACUGAAUCACGGAAAGAAAAAAAAAGCACGGGGAAAAUAAAAAUAUGGAAGCCGUCGCGAAAAAAUAUCACGAAAAAAAAGUUGGGAUAUUUUUUUUCUGAAGUGCCUCCCCCUCCCUCCUCCCCCCGUGGUCGACAGAUUCCACCGCCAACAAAACCAAUCCCUCCCUCCACCUCCCGUGUUGUUUCUGUCGUUAAUUUACACGCGAGACGUUCCUCCAUGUGUCACGCGGAUGAGUCGACACCGCGGCAGUACACGGAAAACGUUACUUUAUUAAUAGCGCGUUACUGUUUUAGCAGUCGCUAUAUAUAUACACACAAAAAGAAUGGGUAUUUUAAUGCAAAAAAAAACUUCCAUCCACCCACUCGCCCACGCGGAUCGUUGACAACACUUUGCAAACAAAUUCAUGGGAGGACAGGAAAACAUAAAAGUGUUUUUACAUAUAUAUAGAAAACAAAAAAAAGAACAUGAGAAUAUACAUUUAUCCGCUUAAAUGUGUUUGCACAAUGUGUGGUGUUCGGGUAAUUUGGGUUGUAUAAUUUACACGAUGCUUGAUUAUGAUAUUAUUUUAUAUUGGUAUGUAAUGGUCUGCUUUAUAUUCCAGCACGAGGCAGCAAAAAAACACAUUGCACAUCUUCAAGUUGACUAAAAGGUAUAUCAUUUUAUGAAUGCGCUACUUAAAAAAACGUGUGUGGACAUUAACACUUUCAAGGAUUUCGUAUUGUUUUAUUCAAUUUUUGUUUUGUUUUAGGGGGCCUUGGCCUAAUCUCGAAUCUAGCAUUUAAGUCGUAAAAAUAUCGUCGGUUUUUUUAAAGGUUUAUUUUAGUUUUAGUUUGUUCGUUUUUUUUGCUUUUGCUUCAAACAAGUGCUUGCGCGUGUAGAAAGCACCUGCCUAGUUCGGAGCAAAUGCGUCAUCGUCCGUUUUCAGACAGUGUUAGAAACUCGACUUUCCGUAGGCCAUCGAGAAAGGUUACAGCUUUUUAAAUUAUUUUUAUAACUAUUAUUAUUGGUUACAAAUGUUUUGUGUUUAUUGGACUUUGGCGUGGGGGGGGGGGGGGAUGAUACGCGACGAAGGGAGUGCCCGUUCUGGACCCGUCCUGCUGGGCAGGCAGCAGGUUGAUGGGUCAGAUGCGGAGCAGUGAGGAACAGCAGGUGGUGACGUGGCAAUUGUGAGACUGUAGACACCCGUUGGAGGGACUAGAUCCAUUGGUCAGUGGUCAGUGCAGAAGAGAAAAAUGUUAAGCUUUGGACAUAAGCAAACAGGGGAAGGAAAUCUGAAAUGCGGGACGAUGAAGCGGAGAUAUUUCUGACAGAGAGGUCAGCCGCAGAGGAGUGACCUCCAAUCCCAUCGAGUGGAGUUUUUCCACCUUGGCCGUUAAAGUGUAACGAUGCAAGCACAUUCCCCUGUGGUUUACUCCGAGGCGUGGCCACUACUUCCGUCCGGUGUGGUGGGCUGAUUCCCAGGACUGGAGGACCUUCUCCUGGAAAAUUUAAAAAAAUAUAUAUAUCUACGUACCAAUGUUUUAUGAACUUAAAGCUGAAACCUUCCUUGAUGUGACGCUAAGUACAGUACAGUUUAAUAGGACGGCUUUUGGUAAUAUAUAUUUUCUAUUGUAGGCUAUCCCUUGUGUUUAUUUUAUUCAGACUGUUAUACUACUAUUAUAAUAUUGCUCUUAUUGUCAUUACAAUUGUUAAGCACUAAAAAAGACCGAAAGCAGCAUAUAUGUCCAGAGAUUAUUAGUAUUUCAACUGAAAUACCCAAUGUUCCAGUGUUGAGAUAACAAGCUAUGCGAAACAUUUCAAGUUAGAAUUUAAAGUUGUUUUUUUCUGCCAUCAUGCCUAACAUUUCAUCCCUUUGGACGUUACGCGUCUUCCCUGCCCUCCCCCACCCCGUACAGCUCUCCGAUUGUAUCUUCGGUUUGCACCUCGUGUCGUUCGGCACGACGUCCGACGUUUCGUUCCAUGUGCCGUGAGAUACGGUCCUUGAAUCAAGCAGCGAAUUUUUUUUUGGUCAUACUGCAUUGCCAAGUGAGCACACAAGCAUAGAAGAACAAAAACAGAACACGUUCGUUCGUCACUAACGCUGCCGUCAAUGGAAAAAAAAAUGUAAUAGGUGACUUAUAGGGCAAUGGCCCUUCAUAGCAGAAGAAAGGUCCCUUGCACGUGGAGCAAAACUCCGAACGUCGCGCCAGACAACACUCGACGCUAACAACCCGUACACCCAUCGUAGAUGUGGAUGGCACGGUCACGACAACCCACGGCGGGCAGGUACACACCGCUAAUACGGGAGCCUCGGGUGUUUCACAGCCAAUCGGCACUAACUAGGGGCUGUUUGGAAACACGUGGCCCAUUGGUCGUUAGGUGGCUUGGACUUCGUGGCAUGUACCGCUUUUAAUUAGCGAUCUCGGCACCUCUGCCAUCACCGGUGGGUAUGGCUACGAUUGGCACGGAGGUCACAGAAAUCGUGAGUUUGAAUGAAGUCCCGGAACGAUUGUAAAAAUGGCCAUGGGAAAGCACAUUGCAAUUGGGCGCUUCCUUUAUUUCCUUUCGAGACUGCCGUACGUUACGCGCUGAAAAUAUCUUCUGUACAGAGGACGUAUGGCAUUCAUCGCAGAUCGGCCAACAGCGUUUGCAGUGGCGGCUUGGUGGGUGGUGCUGGCGCCACGGUGAUAAAUAACUACUCUAUUUGAUUGCCUGCAGCGUCGAUCAGCUUUGUUCUCCCCCGCACCUCGGCCGUUUAAUUCGACUCUAAGUUACCGUGCCAAAAUCGUAGCCGCCGCCGCCGCUCGCGGGUGUCCACAAUGCCAACACGUGAGGGCAGGUGCUUUUUUUUGUUUAUUGCGGCAUUGCCAAAAUCGUACACCUGGAGAGAAUGCCACGACCAAACUGGCUGGCUCCUGGUUACUUUAGCGAACCUCGCAAGGGAAUUCCAGCAGGCGCUCUUAUGGAGAAACGUACGUUCUUUAGUCCGUUUCAGACUCAGAAAUGUCUGGGUGGCGAAUACACUUUUGGUGUGUGCCUGGCCCACGAUGUUGCCAAAACCUUUUGUUGGUAAUGAAUUCAGGAGGUACCCUCCCCCUCCCCCACAUCCUGAUUGAAGGCAAGUUCUGGAGGUGCGUUUUGCAUUGGACAGAAAAGGGCAUUUGAGAAGUGUAUUGAACCCCUGAUUGUAAACUGAUUUUAUUUUGGCAAUUUACCUGUUUGCAUUUUUCUAGCGUGUGGUGAAGAUAGGGCAGUGCACUGUUUUGCAAAAAAAAAAAUGGAGGUAAAAAGACAAGAGGCCAGUUUAUAAAAAAAAAAAGUUUAACAUAAAUGUAAGUUUUCACUGACAACACGCAGAAUGUCUGACCUUGAAAAUGUGUGCAAUGCAGGUAGCGAGAGUGAGCACGCACGCAUCCACGCUCGUGUGUCCUCUUAACAGCCCGAAGCCGGCUUGGCAAAACAUUUUACCAAAAUCCCAUGGUGAAUAUUGUACGCUUUACACAUAACGACCGCUGUAGCCUCAACCAUACCCACACCCCCACUUUUCUCCGCCCACCCACCCCGAUGGUGGUGGUGGUGGUGCCACUGUUGGUGAUAAUUAACGUCGCCUAAACCCGUCUCGUCUGUCACAGUAGUCGCGUUCAGUUUUAAAUACAGGGCGAUUCAUUUGUAGAUACCCUACUGGUUUAUAAUUUACUCUCUCGCCUGCUUCUCAACAGGUUGACCGCAUAUAGUGAAAGCGACAACUCCGUAUCUUAAUAGCGGGAGAGCAUCACAAGACCGAAUACGUCCGUUGACAGAUUGGUGCCGAGGAAUGUGUACAAGCUUUGGAAAAGGGGGGUUGUUUUCUCCAUAAUUAUUGUUUUAACGGGGGUAUCUGCUGAUGGAUCGCCCAGAAGUCUGCCAGGAAAGCCUCCACCACCGAGUCUCUGCGAGAAAUUAUCACCGGCGCUCAGGUUUUGCUUGAGAGAAAUGCGACGGCCAAAUAUUUUUUUAAGAAAAGAGUUGUCUGCCAGUGGGCCAGAGCGUAGAGUGCCCUAGCUGGAGAGGGCCCAUUCUUGUGAAGAUGAGAUUGAGAACAAAACUCUCAAACCUUGUAGGGCUGUAACCGCAUCAUAAAGUACUACACCGUGUUAUUUUUCCAGUGGUUUGGCAUUUCGAACACGUCGUCGUUAGAAUCGUGGCCCCGUUGCUUAAAAGUCCACCAAUGCAAGGUGGCCCCUGGUGGCUCAGAGGUCAAGGCCACUGAGCUGGCACCCCUGAACUUACGAAUUUGAAUCCAGGCGGGGCUGCCUGCGACUAAAACUGGGUUCUCAAGUGCAGCGAGUUGGUGGUCUCAGCCCGUCACCAAUGAUGGCACGCAACUUGCACAUCGCGUUAAAUGUGAUUCUGCGCUUAAUUUGGCCACAGCUCGCCUCGGAGAUUUAAAAACGCCAGUUUGACUGGCACGUAACAAACGUUACUCUCGGUGGCCAGAACGCGUGGGUAGCUCUGUGACAUCCGCUUCGGGGGGGCCGUUCUCUGACGGCGAAGGGGGGUUUCACUUCUUUGUCGGAUAUCCGAAUGGCAACCGUGCCGCCGAUGAACGCACUCUGCGGCUGCAGAGCGUAACGCGUGUGCGCGGCGGGCGAUGUUAGUCGCGGCGACGGGUGGGACGUUUCAUGCUCGGCGAGCUGGCACAUCCCAUCCUCCGUGCUGCUCCGUGCGGCUCACUUUUAGGUUGUCUCAGCGCAGCGUUUCUCAACUCUAGUCCUCUCAACAAUACGCACACCUCACCACGCCUCUGCCUCUUCACAAUUACCAAUCUUUUUUGAAUUAAUAUGCAAAGUAAGCCAUUGCACGCUGAACGCUCCUGAUGGUUGGUGAUGGCAGAAAGCUGUCACUGCAGGAGUUGGGGUUGGCAGCGGUGGUGGUGGUGGUGGUUGUGGGCACAAUGAUGGUGAUUUUGAGAAACUCCGCUUUGGCGAAUGUGCACAGGUCAUGUGUGUUGACCGCAUUUCACUUGCGAGUAGUUAGUGGGUGAUGUUUUUUUUCCACUUUACGUCCAAGGAAAUCAAAAUCACCUUUUAAAAAGUUUAUAACGGAUGCAUCUUGCGAGUGAGAUAUAUUGAAUACAACCCCCUGUAUGUUGGUGUAACAUCACCGUAAUCCCCUCCUAAACUCUGCUCGUGAUUUCAACUUCAUUGUGACGCCGGUGUCAGUAACAGCAACAUUGUGGACGUGCAAAAGAGGCGGUUGAAAUGUUUUAAGAACAAAACGUUUUGAAGAGCAAUUUUAUUAUCAGCCUAAUAAAUGGAAAGUUUAAAAGACAAGCCACAGUAGUGCGAUUGUGGCCAUGCAACCCAAACUGUGGACCCAUACUGUAAAAUACUCCAGUCCUGUGCUCCUUCAAUAUUAAAGGAGGAACAGCAAAACGAUACUCUAUCUGCUGAAGGGCCCUCUCGUCGUGGCCAGCAGCAGACCUCGACAUUGGUAUUCGGCUCCUCGACGUAUUGCCGCCAUCUAAGUUAAACUUCGUUCGCGCCGUACGUAGCCAACCGUGCCAGUCGUAGGUGCUGGGGAAGGGACAACAUACGUCAGCUCUAAAAGCAGUUCUCAAGGGAAUUUGGAGUCUUCGAUCUCAAGUGGGUUUCCAAGCCAUCGCGUGCGACAAGAGAAUUAACAGCAGAUGCCAGUCCAAAUUUUACAUUGGGAUUCGUAUCCGCGUGGCCACAAGGAGGUCUCCGCUCUUGAACCCCCACUCCCCCCCCCCCGUCACUGACGGUAGAGAACAUCUGUACCCGGGGGCGACCCCAUGGGACCACCACGGUGAUGGCUCCACCGCAGACGGCUCGGUGUCCCCGGGAGGGACCUCCGUGGCCGCCCGGGGCACCAGACCAGACCGUGUUUGAUAUUCGUGCGAUAUUUCAAGGGGACAAUUUUUCCACCCAGACUCGUCAACCAAUUAAUGCCAUCGGAGACUGCUUAGACCAAAUUAAAGUGGGAAAACUUGGCUUGUUUAUUUAUCAUGCGAUUGGAUAGGAGGGGGGGGGGUAUGGGUUGUGUCGUCAUGGCGACCGUGCUGAUUCCACCUUACCCAACUCGACGACUCUGGGUGAGGACGUGGCCAAGCCCACGAGCAGCUGCUCGGAAUUGGAACAUGCGGCUGUGUUACUUCAGCGUUGGCUCAGCACUGCUGCUGUUUCAGCGAUGACUUUGGUAUAACCCCCCCCCCCCCCCCACAGCCUUCCCGAGUCACCCGGACACCCAAGGCUGGACCCCCAACUCGAAUGAAUCGAUCAUUUAAUUACACUUUUUUAUUUUAGCAGGAAAGGCCCAUUGAGCGACCUUGAUCACAAAUGAUAGCUCAACGAAGUGGCUUAUCGUCGUGAGGACAUUUAUAGCAGGAGCCAAAUGCUGCCCUCUGAACGCGUGAAGUUGAUUCUAAAUGUGGAAGGAAAAAUCUUAGGACGCAACCGCGAGGACAUGCAAACUCCAAACAUACAGCAAGGUGUCGGGGUUAUAAUCGAACCCACGACCUCCUGUAUACCAGGCAACGUAGUUAACAUCUCCUAGCCACCGUGGCGCCAAAACAAGUGAAUUCGUUGGAUUUGGGGUGGAGCGGUGACGAAGUGGACCGUGGCACUGCGCGGUGAAUCCGGCGAUACCUGAAACUGAUCCUAGGGUCCCCACCUCCCUGCUUCCCCUUCCUUCACCAACUCGCACUGAGCAGUGCCGUGAAGUAUGGUCAAACAACCCCCACGACCGCCACGACUUGGGGAGGCCAUGAUCCAGCAGUGGACGACGAGAGGGCCAUAUGUAAUUAUUUUCAUUAAUUUGGAAUUAACUAUAUUCGAACAUUCCAAAUCGUGUUCUCAAAACGUUUUUGACCGACUCUUUGAAUUGUCGAAUCUUGUUUUUUGUUUUCCCAUGCCUUAAAUUUGAUCUUCAUCAGCAAAGCAAGCGUUCACCUUCCCGUGCGGUUCUGUUUAUCGAACGCUGUGCGUGCCUGCAAUACAGCAGACGACUCUGCGCACAAAGGCUGAUGUUCGGGCUCUCACAAUUCAUCCAGUUUGUCGCUCGAAUCUUUUCACCGAUUCACGUGAAUUAUGUUUCCGAUCGAUCGACGGGUACCGUCGACGGAACUUUCAGCUUGCUCGCCCCCACCAAUCGCGGGCGACGAGUUCCACGACCCAGCCGUUGUGAAGAGCUAAUGAAUUUUUAAACCCGGCUCAGCCCCCCUUUAUUUCUGUCUCCCGUGUCUCCCGCCGUCACAAACCUUGCACUGUGUGCGCACGGUCACCGUAAGACGGUGCAGUUCUGCAACAGAUGUGACAGGAGCCACGUUGCUCUCUACAUCGGCUGGAUUAUAAAUGUGCGUUCGUUGAUCUGUGGCGUAGGUCUCAAAGUUGUUUGUGAUGGCCCUAAUAUAAGAAAUAGUAGAAGUAAUGUUCCACUAAUUGUAGGAUAUGUCAUCGCAGUGGCUAUGAUAAUUGUUGUUGAUAUAGAGGCACGCGCACAAUGACAAGGUUCUUUGUGUGUGUGUGUAUAAUAUACACGUGGCAUUGUGUGUGUGUAAUAUUCACACACACACAAUUCCACGUGGCCACAAACACAAUUGCAUUUACAUCGUCGAAAAGUGAUUGGAGCCUCGGGGGUGACUGGCGCUAAUGAAUGUUGGGGGAUUUUUGUUAAUGCUUUGUCACUUUAAUGAGCACGUGGGGGCGGGUUGUGUGGAGCUUUCGCUCGCGCUGAGAGAGAUGCCUAAAUCGGGGAGGUGGCUGCGCCGUACGGGGACGCGUCUAGGUCUGUGUGGGUGUAAAAAAAAGUUGUCCCAUCUGUGUUUUUAAAUGCCAUCUUUGACUUGAAAUGAAUUUUGACAACAAAAAAAAAUCGUUUACAGACCACUCUUUGCACGCUGAUUGGAGGGUCAUUUGAAGUAGCGCGAUCUCAUGCUAAAUUACAAACACAAAACAAAACAUUUAUAUUGCGCGUGUAAACAUUAUUUUUUUUGAACGAUGUAUUCAAGAUUGCGGUUUAAUACGUUUGACUGUGCGAUGCGCAAAAGCUGGAAUUGAUUAUGGGGGCUCUGUUCCAGCGUUGGUGAAUGAAGUGCCCUUUUAUUUAUUCAUCCUGUCAAUAAACAACUGCACUAUUGAUAUGUUUUAGGGACCCCCACUGGUAAGUGGUUGGAGAAACCCAGGCUUGAGAGCAUAUCUCGUGUGUUGCGUUCGUCUACUGAUGAAAACCGAUCCAUUACCCACCCAGCUAUUGUUGCUUGCACACCGCAGCGUAGCGUUGUUACACCCUGCGUUGGGUGGAUGAGGGUGCAUGACACACAUUGGUAGUUUACUCGUGUGAUCUGACCCAACAAAAAACAAUCAAUGAUGAAUUCUCCCCUUAUGUUGCUCUCUGUUCUGGAAGAAAAAAAGCUAACUUUCGUGGUUGUGGCGUGGUUUUUUAAAAUCAUGAUGGUAAUGCUCAUGAAGAUUUUGGUGAAAGUUAAUCAUUCUCAGCCUGCGACUGUUCUGUUAAUAUUCUACUGAACUAUUUGAAAAUGCCAAAUCGGUUCUGAUAGAACAACGAUGAGGUCAUGUAAGUCAUUUGUACAACCCCGUGCUUCCAAACCUCCUCGUCCUGAUUCCAUUCACGAAUGCAUUUUUUUUACAUAGCGGUGGAUGGUAGCGCCUCUAGUGGCAAGAAUCCGUUACCUGGAGCAUUCUUAACACGAAUCGGCGGCAACAACAAAAAGUAAUUUCUUACACACGUGAUUGGACACUCGUUAUCGUGAGGUUAGGAAUCCUAAUGAACCGAUACAUUCGAUAUAUUCGAUGUAUCGUUAACACCACUAGCGAACACCUUUCACCGACGCCGGAAUCGAUCCCCGCCUUCGAUAUUUGCAUUAACACCACUUUUUUUUUGGGCUGAAAUAACGAAUCGACUGAAAAAUAACGCUGUACAGGACGGGUAAAAACAAAAACUUUCAAAAAAUCCUAAACUUGAAAAGAAAAAAAUAUUUCACAGCUUACACGGCCGUGGAAAUAAAAGAGACUUGACGAUUUAAUAUUUUUAAAAAAGUCAUUGUUGGACGAUGUUUAAAAAGAAAAUCUUAAGAGUUUAGCAUGACGAUCGUUCUAUAUAUGCCUGAGCUGUAACUAUUGAACCUGUCUGUCCACCCUCUUCCGCAUUCUCGCCCCCCCCCAACACCCCUUGCCAUCCCCACACCCCCCAUUGUCCCUCGGCCCCCCAUAAUCCACCUCAAAGCCCACCAUGAUAUAAACUUGACUUUAUGAAUUAACUUUGAAUUUUAAAAAAAUGUACUUUGUAGAUGUCGUAGCAGUAUAUCGUAAGCGCUAGAUUAAUUAUAUUACUUAUUACAGGUUAUAUAUUGUAAUCUAAAACAUACAGAGAAAUGUUACUACGGUAAUCGCAAGCUCUUGAUUUGUGGCGUGACAACGAAACGGGGGAGAGAGAAAGAGAAACUGCUAUUGAUUUUGUCUUUCCCCCCCCCAACAUGUUUGAUUAUCAGACACGCGAGUUGGAUGUUACUGCUGUUCGCCGUUGUUGAUUUUCUUUCGCACUUCGUGUUUGUGCACGCGCGCGCACGUGCGCGGCAGUGUUAUUUUUUUUCAACGGGAAUCUACGUUGAACGAGCGAUUGUCACUGCCGUAGCCAGCAGACUGGCGGCAGCUGUGUUUGCACGAGAGACGCGGUCGACAGAUCGUUAGCAAUUGCCCAAUUGAACACACCACCGAUGAAAAACCAAUUUGGUUUUAACUGCCACGGUGAUGGUUAUUUCUCGGCUCGGAAGUAGUUAUCUGGCAUCCCCUUCCGCGGGGGGGCCGCUUGCAAAAAAAAAAGAAACGGUGAUUGCACCGCUCUGGGAGAGAUCCGAAGUCUUCGUCUUGAGACGUUGGAAUAAAUUUGGGGGGGUUUUUUUUUGUCUUUUUUUUUUUUACCGAUUGAAGCUAAACCAAUUGAGAAAACGCACUCAAAUGUAUGUAACGCAAUCUUGUGCGGAACAAAAAGGCAAGUCCUUUGGGCGUGCCCCGUGGCCGCACCGUUCCUGUGACAUUUCCCGCAGUGACGGCAUAAUAUUUUGGGGGGCGAAGUGUAAUAAAAUUGGCACGUUCAAACUAAAACUAUACUUUUUAUUUUAUUUUCAGAAGCGACCUGGCUAUCACAAAUGGUAGCUCAACGAAGUGGCUUGUCGUCAUGUGUACAUUUAUAGCAGCCAAAUACUCUAAAACGCGUGAUGUUCAUUCAAAAUGUGGAGGGAAGAAGCGGAGGACCCGGAGAAAAAUUCAGAUAACCACGGAAAGAACAUGCAGAUUCCAAGUAGACAGGCGUCAGGGUCAGGAUCGAACCCACGAUCUGUAUACCAGGCGACAACCGUCAGGGGGGGGGGGUGGCACGUACAUCCCUAAAAAAAAACGGCACUUAAUGGAGCUUUCCUUUAGUUAAUGACACAUGUAUGUUGAAAUUAUUUUGCACCGUACGUAUCCAUUCGCACUAACCGGAAGUGCCGGGAAAGGACAACAAACUAAAACCAAAAAUCAGUG